GCCUCCAGCUGCAGCAGGACUAACCAGCUCCUCCAGGCGCUGGGGGCGGGUGUGGCAGGAGGAAGCAGAUCAGCCCCAGGCUGUGGAUGUGGGAGAAGGGCGAGCUCAGGGGGCCAUCAUGGGGUUCCCCCAGAGGCAGCCUGGCCUAUCGCGGCUGUUCCUCCUCGCCGGGGCACUGGUCUGGCCCCUGCCUUGUAUGAGCCUGGAGCUGAUCCCCUACACACCACAGAUAACAGCUUGGGACCUAGAAGGGAAGGUCACAGCCACCACGUUCUCCCUGGAGCAGCCUCGCUGUGUCCUGGACGGGCUUGCCGACGUUGCCAGCACCAUCUGGCUGGUGGUGGCCUUCAGCAACGCCUCCAGAGACUUCCAGAACCCACAGACGCGAGCUGAGAUCCCAGCCUUCCCACGGCUGCUGACGGAGGGGCACUAUAUGACACUGCCGCUGUCCCUGGACCAGCUGCCCUGUCAGGAGCCCGCGGGCGGCGGCAGGGACAUCCCCUUGCUGCGGGUGGGCAAUGACCCCGGCUGCCUUGCUGACCUCCUCCAGCCGCCCUACUGCAACAGCCCGCUCCCCAGCCCCGGACCGUACAGGGUGAAGUUCCUCCUGAUGGACGCCAGUAGCUCACCCCAGGCCGAGACCAGGUGGUCCGACCCCAUCGCUCUUCACCAAGGGAAGUCGCCAGCCUCCAUCGACACGUGGCCAGGGCGACGCAGUGGUGCUAUGAUCGUCAUCACCUCUGUCCUCUCCUCCCUGGCCGGCCUCCUGCUCCUGGCCUUCCUGGCAGCGUCCACCACACGCUUCUCCAGCCUGUGGUGGCCGGAGGAGGCCCCGGAGCAGCUGAGAAUUGGCUCCUUCAUGGGGAAGCGCUACAUGACCCACCACAUCCCACCAAGCGAAGCCGCCACCCUGCCCGUGGGCUGUGAGCCUGGCCUGGACCCCCUCCCCAGCCUCAGCCCCUAGCCUGGCCCUUGUGGCUGGGGCGUGCGUGGCUGUGGCCAGUGUGGGGACAAGGACUUGGUAGUCAUUCCCAGCCCCUGCACCCUCCUCCUCACCCCGGCCUACAGUCCCACGGAUGCAGGACAGAUGUCAGGGUUCUAGACGUCUUUGGUGCAAAAAGGGGGUUUUAUUCAAGCACAGGGACAGGACCCAUGGGCAGGGAAAGCAGUACCGGGGUGGUGAGGAGUGGCCCGUUAUAGAUACUUUCGAGUUGGGAGGGCUUAGGGAGAGCGUAAGUCUCUAAGGAAUUUUGGAAGCAAGGUCUCCAGGGUCCUGAGGGGGCUAGCUGUUGUUAGGAAAAGGUCAUUUAUUACUGUUUAGUAAAAACUGUCACGAGAUUCUUC